AUGACGUCACAGGAGACCAGCGGAUUCCCCCGCGCGUCCAGCAAUCGGCGGAGCCUAGACUGCCUUCUAUAUAAUCUUCGUCAAGGAAACACUUCGCCACAAUCUGCCUUCGCGCCCAAGCUAAAGGUCAGUGAAAAGUCUUCAGUGACGGCGGCAGUGCUCGUGGUCUCUCUGGCGUCCCUCGCCUUUGCUUCCGAGACUCGGCAUUACGCCCCAAAUAUAGGCGUCCUUGAGGGCGUGGGUGGCCUCCAUGGUGCUGGUGUUGUGGGUGGCGUAGGACACGGCCUCAGUGAUGGAUUAGGACACGCUCUAGGUGCUGGACUGAGCCUCGGACACGACUUGGAUUCCGCUGUCGGAUUGGGACACGGCGUGGCACCUGGCUUCGGAGUGGGACUGGGCGUGGGUGCCGGCGUGGGCGUGGGUGCCGGUGUGGGCGCAGGAUACGCCAACUGCAAGAACUGGUGUAAGGCCCCCACGGGCAAGUACGAGUGCUGCGACGACCUCAAGCCCGGCCACUGCCCUCCCGUCCGCCCCACAUGCCCCUCCGUCAGGAGCGUCCUUCCUCCCACGCCCUGCACGAACGACUCCUACUGCCCCGGCGCCAACAAGUGCUGCUACGACACCUGUCUCGAGUACCGCACCUGCAAGUCCAUCACCGCCUUCUACUGAGACAGCAAACUCUAGUCAGCACUUGUCACCAUUUUCACUGAACUAUCAUACGCAUCCUUUAAGAUUAUACUUCAUUCCCAUACGAGCUGAGAGGCCAGUCAGACACUAACUAAAACAAUAAAGAAGUUA